AAACAUUAUUCGUUGUAAAUAUUUUUAUUGUGUAGAAAUCGUAUACAUUAUACAGGUUAUGUGUAGUCGAUGUCAUCAAUUUACUUUGGUAUUUCUGUAACUUUGUUGACGAACGUACCAGGUGUGGAUUCCCCAGAAGGUAGUGAUGUUUUGGGGAAGGGCGACACGACUUAUCAUCAUGGUAUAGCAGUGGGGUCUGCUGCGCAUUCGCAGCAACACGAUUGGGGUAACGUCCCCUUAUCAACAGUCGUGCCAGGAGGUCCAGGUGCCAGGGUUUCACCUUUAGUAAUUACACCUGGUGGAAGUACCGUAUUGCAAGUAGCUCCAGAACCCAAUAUGCCUGGUGGGCCACAUUCACAACAUGGCAGACCUCCACCUGUGGCACAACCUGGACCACCGGGUUGGAAUCAUUUACAGGUGUCCUCCUUCUACGCCGGACGACAACCUCAGCAUGCUCACAUGUCGUCGGACCACCAUCUAUUAGCACCUCGACCUCCAACAUGGCACACUCCAAGUACGGAUGCAGUAACACCUCUGUUCAGUUUACAACAAAUGUUGGGAACCGAUCGAGCGGUGGCUCUUGCAUAUCCCCGUCCAUCAGCAGCUACUGUAGAUUUAUCAUUACCUCCUAGAUCAACACAUUCACCUCGAAAUGGGAAUAAUACCAAUCAAAAUGGAGAAUCUAGUUCGAGCUCACCGAUUAGUUUAUCUGUACGCGAUGCAAAACAAAUCAAUAGUUUGGCAGAACGACGACAAUCGUUUCAAGAAUUAGUGAAUCCAAAACGACCAAAACGAGUUGACUCUAUUUUGGAAAGAUUAAACACUGGGCCUGGUUCCGUAAUUGUAACGGCUGCACAUAGUUCGCACGAUGAAAGUAGCAAUAGUAGUCAGCCUGGUGUAAUUGCAUCAUCAUCUCCGUUAACUAGGGAAGAAGAAGUAUUAUCACCUGCUAGCAAUGAAGAUUCGUUAGACAGCGCAAAAUCUAGACGAAAACGAAAACCGUUAAAAACGAUUCGAAUGUCUAAAGAUGAAAAACAUUCCGAUGAAGAGAAAACACAAACAGAUGAACCACUUUUAAAUUUAACGAAAACCGAUUCGAAUCCAAGCAUUGAUUUAACAAAUGACAAAUCUGACGAAGUUCCAAAAGAACCCGAAGUUGUAACGAUAGUUAAAACAGAUUCCGUACCGCCAGAAAAACAACCACCACCGCAAAUUGUUCAGCAGCCAGUAAUAGUAACAUGCCAAUCGAAUAGUGAACCUGUUCAGGAGAAUCCAAUCAUCGAACCACCUAAAACACGCCGAAAAACUUUAUCGGAAUCUGAAACAAUUGAAAAUAUUGCUGCUAUGAUUGCAUCUACUGAACAUGAUGAAGAUAAAGAUAAAACGAAUUUGGAAGCAAACCCGAAACCCGAAUUUACAGAUUCAAAAGUAAAUUUAGAAAAUAUGUUAGCAAGUCCACCACCUGAUGUUUCUUCGCAAGAAAAUAAUACGAAAAAUGAAAUCGAGCAACCAGUUGUAGAUAUUCAACCUGAAUUGCAAGUGCAACAGAAAGAAGAAAUCCCUACAAAUGCUGAACAAAAUAAAACCGUACUUAAUCAUGAGGUAACUGAUAAUCAAAAAUCACCUCAAACAACUAAUUUUGUUGAAGUCGAAAAUCAAUUAGAGAAAAUGUUCGCUGGAUUAGAAGAAAUGGAUACUAACGAAAAUACUGUAAAGCACGAUGAACCGUCAAAUUUACCUAUAGAUCGAGAACGAGUAACGUCUACAUCAUCUGAAGUUGGUGAUUUUAAUAAAACCACUCGAAAGAAAAGUGCACGCUUUCGAGGUGGUAUAAAUUCCAAUAUACGUAGACCCAGUGAAGGUAAUUCGAGUGAAACUACACCAACGAAAAAAACUCCAACAAAAGAUCCAUUAUCUACAAAUUCGAUAAAUCGAUUUUCACCGAAAGUAUCGGUUAAACUCAAUCAAAAAACAAAAGUGUUCGAUAAAAGUAUACCUCAGAAAAUGAAAAAACCAAAUGACAAUGUACAAAAAGAUAUUUAUGCGUACGAUUCAGGAAGUAAUACAAGUUCAAUACGGUCCCGGGGUCCAUUUAUCCAGAUACGUGGACCUCGAGAUUCUCCAAUCAGUGUAAAUAUUGUAAAUACACCGUCAACCGAAGAUGAUGCUGAGAAAACUCAACGAACGAAAGCGAAGAAGUCAUUCCAUGAUGACAGUGAAUAUCGUAACAAAGUGCGAUCAAAAGGACUUCAUAGUAGUACGCUAAGUAUUAAAUAUGAUGCACAUACCACGGAUACAAGUUGGAUAUGUGUCUUUUGUAAACGAGGGCCACAUACCACAAGCUAUCCAAAUAAUCACCAAGCUGGACCAUCUUCAGGUAAUAUGUCAAUAGCGGGUUAUAGUUCAGGUGAUUUAUUUGGACCUUACAUUAUAACAUCCAAUUGUCCUGAAUAUCAAGAAAGCUUAGAACAAAUCAGUGAACUAAAAAUGAAAUUAUCUCUUCAACCUGAAACAUCACCGAGUGGAAAUUCAACGGGGAAAUUUUUUAAUAAAAAAGCGAAGAAACGACAUCUACAAUCGUGGACUGGUUCUGGUAUACAUGAUGUUACACCUGAGUGUCAUUCAAGUGCAUCCUUAGAAGGUAUGCUUGAAUCAAGUGCAAGCAAAUAUGAAAUAUGGGCACAUGAGGAUUGUAUUGUAUGGGGACCUGGUGUAUAUUUAGCCGGUCCACGUAUUGUGGGACUUGAGGGUGCCGUAUGGAGUUGUUGUAGUGUUGUUUGUGAACAAUGUCAGAAACGUGGUGCGAAUGUAUCGUGUUUAGUGCGAAACUGUGGAUUAAGUUCACAUGUAGGGUGUGCUAAAUUAUCUGGUUGGAAUUUAAAUGAAGAGACGUAUAAAGCGUAUUGUCAAAGACAUAAAAAAGUAUCGUGAAUUAAGUAAUAUGUUUAAUUUUUAUUUUAAAAAAGUACAGUAAAUGAACGUUUUUACUUGGAACUUGUUUUACACUAAAUGUAUAUAGUUGCGCCUUUUUGCAUAUAGUAGAGAACAUUUAAAAUAAAUUCACUAUGGUUUCAAGUGUAGACAAGUUUUCAAAGAAGAAGAAAAACGCUUUCAAAGUUUUCAAUAUUUACACUAUGUUUUUAUUGAAUUGAAUUUUGGACACUUGAAACCAUAGAGACUUUCUUAGAAUACUUUUCUCUAUUGAAUGCAAAAAAUCACAACUCUCUACGUUUGACGGAAAAAUUUUUCCAAAUUUUGACUAAAAUCGUGGUUUAUUAAUUGUACUAGAAGUUUUUUUUUUUCUUUUU